AUGAUGUUGCGGAGCACAUGCACAUGGUCGCGGAGGCACAGAAUGUACAGACCAUGUGUAAACGAGACAGAUCUGAGUCUGGAGAACAUGAACAUCACACACACCGAGAGGGAGGGUGAAUGUGUACCCUCAGUCCUCAGGAAAGAGAUGUCCCUGUUGCCCAAACUGCCUGUCUAUCUAAACGAGAGACAGUCAGCUGCCGCUACGCGCAAGGCCCCGUGUGGCAGCUCUGACGCCCCAGUAGGCCCGAGGGCCUGGGGCAUCCCUCCAGUGCUGGCAGUGGGGACACCCGACCCCCUCCUCCCCCUCUUGGACAAGCCCCUCAGUCACCUCAGCCUCAAGGUCGGUCACCUGACUGAUCCUCAUGGUCCUCGCCCCCCUUCUGUGGAAUUACCACCCGGACAUGCCCUCCAUCGGCCAGCUCCUAGCAUCCAGAACCACGUCACCAAGACUGUGGCCUGUGACAUCGACCAGCUUAUUGAUGAGGUCUUCUCUGAGCCUCUGCCCCACAUCCGUCACCACCAGCCGUGUGAUUUAGGAGGAGGGGAGGAUGUCCCGAGCCACAUCCUGAGGGACAGAUCACACAUCGACGAGACACUGAGGCUGGCCUCUGAGGAGAACGCAGCAGAACACUAUCAUGCUGCUAUUCAGAAGUUACGUAAGAUCUACCACUCAGCCAUCAAGCCCAUGGAACAGGCCUAUAAGUACAACGAGCUCAGAGCACAUGAGAUCUCAGGCGGACGAACACUGGGGGAUGGGAACACAGAUGGGGAGAUCACCUCCAAGCCCAUGGUGUUGUUCCUUGGGCCCUGGAGUGUAGGCAAGUCCUCCAUGAUCAACUACCUGCUUGGCCUGAAGGACAGCCCCUACCAGCUGUACACAGGUGCUGAGCCCACUACCUCUGAGUUCACCGUGAUCAUGCACGGCGAGAAGACCCGCUCCAUAGAGGGUAUCGUCAUGGCGGCCGACAGCUCGCGCUCCUUCUCGCCCCUGGAGAAGUUUGGGCAGAGCUUUCUUGAGAAGCUGAUUGGCAUUGAGAUGCCCCACAAGCUGCUGGAGCGCGUCACCUUCGUGGACACGCCUGGAAUCAUCGAGAACCGCAAGCAGCAGGAGAGAG